GUAUCUAUCGUACGUUUGUCAGUUUGAUUUUAAAAGUAAACAGUGAUUUAAAGUCCACUGGCUACGUCUAGAAACGUGUAAACUCGUUAUAUGUACAUUGAAACACCAGCUAACACCCUGAAAAUUCCACGAUUUACGAAGUAACUUUUUGUAAUUGGCUCUGAUUGCUUGUUUAAACACCAUGGGCAAUUACACAAGCAAGCUGUUAUUUUACACUAAUGAAAGUCGAAAGGAAUGCAUUGAACAUCAAGCAGUUAUACAACAAGCAACUACAGAAUAUAAGAUAUGCACACCAAUAUUAUCUGAGAAAAGAGUACUGAAUGAUCCACGUUCAAUCUCAGUAGGAAUUAGAAGAACUCCUAUCGAAGUCAAAUUUACUCCAGUUGGAAUAAGAAAAAAUGUACCUAGUGCAAUCCCAAAAUAUUUACAGAAAAAGCAAUAUCUUGAAACCGAUAUGGAUGCUGUAAUGCCACCUCUAACACCUGGGAAACAUUCUGUACUAAAAUCAAGAGACGAUGAUAAAUCAGAAUCUAGUGAGGAAAAUUAUUCAACACCAAACGCUAAUGUUAUGAAGAGUUCAAAAGUAAUUAUGUCAAUAGAUAGGGAGCGCUUUGUAGUUUUGGGAUUAGAUCCUAGAUCUCCAGCUGCAGAUUUCGACAGAACUCCGAUCUUAAUGCCAAAGUCUCUCGCAUUACUAAAGGCACGAUCACAAGAAAAUUUAAGUCGUAGAGGCAGUUACGAAACGGAUAUUUACAAUUGGAAUAACUCUCGUCAGGAAAUCAGUACAUCACUCAGUAUUCCAGAAAUACGGUCAUUAUCUGAUACAAUCACAGAAAGUGUGAAAAAGUUAGAUAUGGAUGACCAUGAUGAACCACAUAGUACAUCUCAAAGUGAUUCUGAUUUAAGUAUUUUUAAAAGUGGGCAGGAAAUUACAGUUAUUAAAAAUCCAAAAUAUAAGGAUGGAAAGAAAGAAUCAUUAAUCUCGGACGAACAGACAGUUGCGAUUGAUAAUGAAAAUGAUACAAAUAAGCAGGAUGAUCAUAAAAAUAUUGAAUCUAAUACAAAGGUAAGAGAUGACGAUAAAAUCAAAUUGUGGCAUGAUUCAUUGUCAUCGGAGGAAAGCGUAUCAGGUAAGGAAGAUGAGAAAGAGUUACCACGAGAAAAGGUACCGAGAGAAGAUAUAAUUAUAACAUUUGAUAACUCUACCACGACUAGUACCUCUUUAAAGCCAGUGAAAACGAAAGGAGAUUUUCGAGGAAAGGCAGACAUAAAAGGAAGAAAAAAGAAUACUAAAGUAGAUGUUAAGCUUAAUGAGGAAAAAGUUUAUAUUUCUGAGACAAAACAAGGGACUGAGAUUUAUGAGAAUCGGACACCUCUGGGUAAUCGAUCUAACAAUAGUCAAAUGCAAAAACAGCCACAACAAACGUUGAGGAAUAAAACUACUAUUAGAACAAUGAUGCAACAAGAAAAUACGCCACCGCAGUAUAAUGGAAAGACUAGAAAUGGAAAUCAAUGGGAUCAAAAUUCCACGGUUCUUAUUUAAGCAAUAUAUUUAAAAUUGAUUUAGGAUAACGAUAGGUUAAAGAUGAUAAUAAAUAAAUUUUUAGUUUAAUAUACUAAGUUUAUUCGUUAUUAACUAGUAAAAUUAUAUUUAACGCAAAUAUGUACUUUUUUGAAAUAAAUAAGCAAUUGUAAAAUAAAAUUAUUAUAAAUGAAA